AUGGCCGAGCAUUCGGAUGAGGCUGACUCUGCGGACCGAUUGCCGGCCACCCAGCAGACCGGCUCGGCGGCAAUCGGCCCGCGGGCCCGAUCAGUCUCCCUCCCGGCGGACAUGCAGUCACGCCAGCUGGCGGCCGACAACCAGGUGCUGGAGUCGCCCACGCCGGCAGAGCUGCACUCCGUCGAUGUUGGCGGCGCAGUUGGACACAACAGGCCGGCCAGCCCGCCGGCUGAUGGCCCCGGCCACGCGCCGGCCCCGACACAGUCCGCCAUCGCCCGUUGGGCGGAUGCCUUCUUUGCCCUGACGCCGGAGCGGCCGCUCCCCCCGCAUCCGAGCCGCCAGCUGGCCCCCGGGCCGCGGGCCCUGAUGGUUACCCCGCCAGCCGACGUGCCACUGACCGCGGCCCAGCAGCGCGCCAUCCUUCGCGCCGUGGUCGAACAAGGCCCGGCCCCCUGCCGGAGUUACCGUGGCCUGCUGCUGGACAUCAACUCCUCGAUGAUCCCGGUGCAAGAGUGCACUCGGCCCAUGCGGGGGCCCUUCGGCGAGCAGAAGGCCAUGGCAGCUGCCACGGCUGCCGCUGUGGCCGCCGCCUCGGGCCCUGCCGCGGCGGCCGGACCUGGCACCAGCCCGAACACCACGUCCGCGCCCGCUGGCAGCGGUCUGCGUGGAUGGCUGGCCCGAUCGCGCCGGCAUUCUCUCCCUCCCGGGGCCGGUCUGCCCGGGGCCCUGUUGAGUACCGAUGCCGCGGGUGGCGCGGCCGGCGGCGAUGGCAGCCACCAGGGCCCCCCGGCUUUGGACUCGGCUCCGGGGCCUGGGGGCCUGCCGCCAAGCAAGGAUAGCCUGGCCGCGGCCAUUCCCCCCUCGCCCGGGGCCUUCCCUUCGCUGUACUUCCCGCACUCGGGCGUCGGCUCGACCCCGGGCCGGGCCUCGCCGCGGGCUCUCCCCCCCGGCGCGACAGCCACCACGGCCCCGGGGCCUGGCGACCCUUCGCCCGGUGUCUUCUCCUGGACCAAGCGCAUGUCCAACUCGGCCAAUCAGCGAGCCGCCGGCCUGGCGGAUGGCCCCGAGGGCGCCGGAAACCUGGCCCCCCCGGCCGCCCCCUCCCCCGAGAAGCGACAAACCCUGCUGAGCAUCUUGAUCCCCGGGUCCCCGUCGGCCGGUGGCCAUGCUCCCGGGGGUGAUUGCUUCCUCGAGGAAAAGAUCUCGCCUCUUCAGCAGCCCGGCCGAAGUGCCCUGACAGCGGCCACCGCCGGCGACGGCCCGCACAUGCAGAUGACCCGCCUUUUCGAGUCCCAACCCAGCCCCAUCUACAACCAGAACGCCGGGUCUGCCGGGCCGAUCGGUCGCCUGCUGCAGCUAGGGACAGACUACCUUCGCGAUGUGCGCCAGGAGCGCAUCCGCACGGUGGUUCAACAGCGCUUCGGGCCGCCCCCCACUGUGGGGGAAAGCCCCGGUGCCCAGGGCCCGGGAGGCGGCUCCUCCCCCACCCUGGCCGCCUCGCUGGUGGCCGGCCACGAGCCAGGCAGCCCGAUGUCCCCCUCCCGCGAGCAGCACACCCUCCACGAAUCCCUUUCCACCCUGUACCAGCACAACCGCCCGCUGGAUUUGACCAUGUGGCGCGGCUGGCUGGACAUCGAGGCCAUGCCGGCCAUUCUGAGUCCCGGAUCGCCGACUGGUCGCCGGGGAAGCUUUGCCUCGGCAGACGAUCCAUCCUCGCCGGAACCGUCUCCGCGCUCCCCACGGCGAUGA